CGCAGCCGCCGCCAUGGACGCGCUAAAGGACAAGCUGACCUGUGCCAUCUGCCUGGAGCUCUACCUGGAGCCGGUGACGCUUCCCUGCGGCCACAACUUCUGCGGGGACUGCAUCCGGGAUUGGUGGGGCUGCCGCGACAAGGCGUGCCCCGAGUGCCGGGAGCACUUCCCCGACGGCGCCGAGCUGCGUCGCAAUGUGACCCUCAGCGGCGUGCUCGAGUUGAUGCGCGCCGGGCCUGCCCCGGCCCCCGGCUCCGACCCCGCCCCGGUUCCCGGCUCCGACCCCGACCCGGUUCCCGGCUCCGACCCCGACCCGGCCCCGGCCCCGGCUCCCGGCCCCGACCCCGCCCCGGCCCCCGGCUCCGGCCUGGGCGCGCGCUGUCCCCGGCACCGGCAGCCCCUGGAGCUCUUCUGUCGCACCGAGGGUCGCUGCGUGUGCAGCGCGUGCACCGUGUACGAGUGUCGCCUCCACGAGCGGGCGCUGCUGGACGCGGAGCGUCGGGAGCGCGAGGCCCAGCUGAGAGCCAUGCUGGAGGUCAGCCGGCAGCAGGCCGCCCAGGCGGAGAGCCAGCUAAAGGAACUGCAGGAGCAAAGCAACCAGAUCCAGAGCUCAGCCUGCACCCUGGCCUCCGCGGUCUCCAGCAAGUUCAGCUGCCUGCUGCAGAUCCUGGAGACGCGGCGGACCUUGGCGCUGACGGACAUCGAGGUGGCCAAGACACAGGCCCUGGCACAGGCUCGGGAUGGAGAACAGCGACUGCGGGGCCACCUGGAAGUCCUGGCCUGCCAUGACCGCAGGAUCCGGGACCUCCUGGAGCAGCCGGAUGACCAGACCUUCCUCCAGGAGUCACAGCUCCUGGCCCCUCCAGGCCGUCUUGGGCCCCUGACUCCUCUGCAGUGGGACGAAGAGCAGCAGCUGGCUGGCGUGGAGUCACUGAGCCGGCUGUGUGGCCUCCUCCUGGAUGAGGGGAGCCACCCCAGGGCACCUGCUGAGCCUGCUGAUUUGGGCCCCGUGGAGGCCCCAGGUCCCCUGGCACCAGUCCCAAGCCCGGUUUGUCCACUGAGGAGGAAGCUCUGGCAGAAUUAUCGCAAUCUGACCUUCGACCCAGACAGCGCCAAUUGCCACCUCUACCUGUCUCGGCAGGACCAACAGGUAAAGCACUGUCACAAGCCCCGGGACGUGGCCGGGCCACGCAGGUUCCAGCUCUGGCAGGUGCAGUGUGCCCAGAGCUUCCAGAACGGUCGACACUACUGGGAGGUGCGCACGUCUAACCACUCGGUGACGCUGGGCGUCGCCUAUCCAGAACUUUCACGGCACAAGCAGGGGCCCCACACGGACAACAUUGGGCGCGGGCCGAGCUCCUGGGGCCUCUGUGUUCAGGAGGACAGGGCCCAGGCCUGGCACAACGGGAAGGCCCAGCGGCUCCCCCGGGUGUCGGGGCGGCUCCUGGGCAUGGAUCUGGACCUGGCCUCUGGCCACCUCACCUUCUACAGCCUGGAGCCCAAGGCCCAGCCCCUGCAUACCUUCCACGCCAUGUUCACCCAGCCCCUCUGCCCCAUCUUCUGGCUCCUGGAGGGUAGGACUUUGACCCUGUGCCAUCGGCCUGAGGCCAAGCUCGCCCCCGGGCUCCAGGAAGAGGCCGCUGGGCCCAGCUGAGGUGCUGCCUGGGCCCCCGAGGCUAGGGGGCGCCCACGGGCCCCUGGUCCUGCCAGAGAGUGUGCAAUUCGGGCCUCAC